AUGGAUUCUGCUCAGCCACACCAUGUAGUGAUCUUCCCAACUAUGGCCCAUGGCCACACUCUGCCAUUACUAGACCUCUCAAAGGCUCUGUGCCGCCGCGGCCUCAAAGUAACCAUCAUAACCACCCCACUCAACGUUCCCAACAUCAUUUCCAAAGUCUCAAAACACCCACAAAUCUCCCUCCGAGUCUUACCCUUCCCUCGGGUCCCUGAUUUACCUGAGGGAUGCGAGAACACGGCCCACCUUCCUUCGCCUAAUCUUAUCUUUCCCUUUUUCAGAGCCACCAAAAUGUUAAAACAGCCCUUCGAGGAUGUCUUGAGAGAGAUGUUCGAAACCGGAUGUCUCCCCAUUUGUGUUAUUUCGGAUUUCCUCCUCGAAUGGACACUUGAUUCCUGUCGUUUAUUUGGCAUCCCUCGGUUUGCUAGCCAUGGCAUGGGGGUGUUACCUAUGGCUGUCCUCAAAGCCAUGCAUAUGCAAGGCCUGUCAUCCAUGGGGGCUAUGUCAAACUCCGAUCACGUAAAGUUCCCCCAACUAAACCUUCCGUUCGCCUUUCUGAAAGGCGACUUUCCAGACACGAUCCCAAAAGGUGAUGAUGAGGACCUGUGGAAUCGGUUCAUUACAGAGGUAUAUAACGCCGAUGUUAGUAGCGCCGGCUUCAUAGUCAAUAGCUUUGAAGAGCUUGAAGGGGAGUACUUAGCCACUCUGGAAUCUUUCUUCGAGAACAAGGCAAAUGCAUGGUGUGUAGGCCCACUCCUUCUUGUGAACAAUCAGGUCGAAACCAGUGGUAUUGAUCUUAAGAACCAAUCAUGUCCGUACAUCGAUUGGCUUGACAAACAAUCGGUUCGGAAUGCUGUGAUAUAUGUGUCGUUCGGUACGCAAUCGCACGUGUCAGAUGUCCAAAUGGAUGAAAUUGCAAUGGGAUUGGAGAUGGCAGGCCAACCGUUUGUUUGGGUCGUUCGGUCAACGAAAUGGAGCCCACCAGAAGAAUGGGAGGAGAGGGUGAAUGAGAGGGGACUGGUAGCAAGAGACUGGGUGGAUCAGAGGAGUAUAUUAGCGCACCCCUCGACGGGUGGGUUUUUGAGUCACUGUGGUUGGAACUCAGUGUUGGAGAGUUUGUCCGGUGGGGUCCCAUUACUGGCUUGGCCCAUGGGGGCAGAGCAGGGGUUGAAUGCCAGGUAUGUAGCAGAGGGAAUGGGGGCGGGGAUAUUGGUCCAACGACAAGAAAGAGGGAGAGUACUGGGGAUGGAGGGAAUUGAGGAGGCCGUUGGACGGGAUGUGAUUUGUGAUGGAGUUAAGGAGUUGAUGGGUGGAGGGAGAGGAAGAAGAGCGAGAGAGAGGGCUCAAGAAUUGGGGGUUAUGGCGAGGCAAGCAGUUGAGAAGGGUGGGUCGUCGGAUAGGAAGUUGGACGAGUUGAUUGCCAGCCUAACAAUUAAGAAAAAGAAUGCCCCUAAAAUCCAUAUAUAG